AGUGUCUUCUUCCCUAAAUUAUAGUGAAGAAAACGUUGCAAUGAAAAUUGUAAAAUAUAUAUAAUAUUGUGCCGCUCACAGAAACUGUUCAGUCUAAACGGUUCUACUGCAGUUAAUUUCAUCGGGUUUGUAAGUGAUGUCUGCUGGGAUUGGGUUGGGCUGAGUUUUGUUGUAACUGUUCAAGACAAGUGAGGAAUUUCUGGUUUAAAGGCAUUUUAGAAAGAGCCUUGAACGUGAAUAAGGUUUUAUAGAGGGUUCCUACGCUGUAUGUGAAAAUAUGAUGCAAGUCAUUUCCAGACCAAAGUUUAGUGAUCGUUUAAGAUCGUUUCACUAUUCAAGUUAUUUUCUUCAUGCAAAACUCUUUAUCAGAAGUGACUAAAUGAAUGAGCUCGUGGCCAUUAAAUUAGGCUGCACUUUCCUGUCUGGUGAUGUGACGUCACACCGGUGAAUAUCAGGUUAUAAAGAAUGUUUCUUCUCCUUUAAGCACUUUAUCAUGCGGUGAAACGUGAGAGUGCAUCUGCUCUUCACCAGAGAAAAUAUCUGAGACUUGGUAAUAUUUCAAUAUUUUAAUUUUGUAUCUUUUAAACUACAUAAUUUUCUGAAUACCCCACACCAUUAGGCACAUAUCAAACCUCAGACAAAUCAUAUUUUCGCACCUCAGGCAUUAAAGACCUUUUAUUUGCAGUUUUUUUUUUUAAAUAUUUAAACACCUUUUAUUCUCAAAAUGGAAUUGUUUUAAAAAGGAUUUUAGACAAAACCUGCUAUAAAACAUCUACUGCUCAUAAUUUAAUAACUACAAAUGUAACAUUCGUGAUAAUUUUAUGGAACUGAAGUUAGUGUGACGGGGUUGAAGACAGAGACUUUGAAGGGAGACAUUGCCUUCAAGUUUAUAUAUAUUUUUGAUUUUGUCUCUUAUUGUGCUCUUCUUUCUGGCUCAACAGUUCGCCAUUUCUGACAUGAUGCUUGUCAAUGUUUAAAUGCACACAUUGUCAAAUAUUCUAUUUUUAACUAAAUUGAGUUGUCAUGAUUUUAGUAAAUAUCUUUACUGAAAUCAUGACAAUUGAUUAUUAUUACAAUUAUUCAUAAAUGAAGUGGAAAAACUCAACCCUGUCACAAAUUUUCAACCCCGAAACAAUGAGAAAUACAGAAAUGUGACGGGGUUGAGGUUUCUUGGGGGAGAAGGCCAUAUAUGGCAGCAAUCAAAUAAGUACAUUGUGUAUUUAUACUUAUGGGUUAAAAUAAAAUUUUGAAAAAUAAUUUUCCAUCUUAAUUUUGUGAUGGGGUUGAGUUGUUAAGCUUCGCAAUACCCUCCCUGACUAUAAUACGCCUCAAAAAUAUGAAUAAAAAGCAUGAUACUACUUACCAUCUUCUGCACCACUGUUAAAAAGACCUGAAUGAUGUCAUUUCUGGUAAAUGAUGUCACAUAUGGGUGGAGCCUAAAUUAUUAUAGGCGGAGAAUGGAUGCUGUGACGAGGUGUUCAGACUGAUGGACAUAACUUUUAUAAUAUGAUUUUUUAUAUAUAGAUAUCUAAUUGUUUUAGAAAAUUAUUUUUCACAAGAAAGUAACACAAAUACUUUCAAUAUUGCCAAAAAGUUGUAGACACUGUGCACAUUUUGUUAAAUAUUUUCUAAGUACAAAUUCAGUGAAGUGCCUCAGGGACAUCACAAAAUGCUUAGUGUACGAUAGAAAUAAGACAUUAUUUCAUGAUAAAUUAUUUAAAUGUAAUAUUUGUUUUUAUUCAUUAUAAUGGGCACACCAAAGUAUCGUGAAAAGCUUUUAAUAAUUCAUUUUGGUGAAGUCUGGGAGACUGAAAUAUUACUGAAUCCCAGGAAUGACCUUCAGAUGUCUGUGCUGGACACUGCUUCUCCUCUCCAUAGGUCAGGGUGUGAUGUGCUGAUGCCAGGGGCGUCACUAGGCCCUAAACUUCUGCCCAGCCCCCCUAAAAAAAUAUUUGAUUAAUAAAUUUUUGAUCGCUUCAGUCCCCUUUAAAAAAACUCAUUUGAAACGGCGGCAAGCUGCGUCAAGUUUCGGCUCCUCCCCUUAUCUGAGUCUGCUUGGAUUUAGCGCAUUUUUCAAUCUGCAGGGGCGCCGAGCAGAGCGAACAUCAGACAGCACAAGAUGGAUAUACGACAUUUUUUCUUGUCGUGCGGGAGUAGGUCUGCAAAUGAGCAGUGUUGUGUAUGGCUCAGUCAGUACUCCUACUCCCAUAUAUGAAAUACAGGGAAUACAAUGGAAUAGUGGAUUGCAGUAAGGUUAGUAGCAUACCACCCUAACCCUAAUAGUCAAAUAAUAUUUUUUUAAUCAUACCCUUAUUGGGGGCUGAGCCCCCCUAAAAUCAAAAUCCUAGAAUCGCUCCUGGCUGAUGCCCAGAUAUGGUUGCUAGGGCGUUGCUAGGUGGUCGUGAAAUGGGUCUAAUAUGCGAAGUUCAAAGUUUCUGUAAAAGUUUCUGUAAAAACUGCAAAAUGUGUAUUUGUUUGGAGCAGGAGCUCUGUGUCUGCUUUAACAACCUCAGAGAGGGAGAACAUUGGGCUGAUGCUGCAAAAAGAGCUUGACUAAUAUGCCUAGAUUAAGGAUUCAGGGAAAAAGACAUGUUCAGUAAAUAAAUUGGGAUAUCGUUAGAGCAGCAGUUCUUGUGUGAAGCACUUUUACCCAGUUAAAGCACUGAAUAAUCAGACUCUGAUCCACACAUGCAGUUCAAGCUUCAGGAAAACUGCCCAGAUUUGGGAUUUCAUUACGAGCUGAAGCACAAUAUAAGGCUCUGGUGUCUCAUUUGGAGAACAAUAUAUAUAUAGUAAAAAAAGGAUUUGACGAGAUCAUAAGACACUUUAUUAAAAUGCUUUGUCGAAUUUAGAUUGCCUGAAAAUCUACUGAAGUCUGGAAAAGUAUUUCUGAAUCGGAAUAGCAAUCCUGUUUGUAGUUUUGAUCUUAAAUUGCUGUUUGGUUCAUAGUUUAUAUUUCCACGCAAGAGUUUCGACGAGGAGGUGAAGGUCUGUGUUCAGUGUUUAAGACGUGUUAGAGAUCUUAUCCUCAGGAGGAAAAUAAAAGCGAUAAAAGGGAUGGAAGUUUCUGGAAUGUGUCGCGUCUGCAAAACUGGUUUUAUUAGCAGCUUUUAAAGUUUCAGUUGGCGGAAAACAUCUGUUUUUAACUAAACCGAUAAUAAUCCGGCGACAGACGCUGAAACGCGCUAUAAUAAUGAAAGCUGUCAGUCUGAGAGUUUCAGAUAUAAAACUGUCGACAAGUUCAGUCUUAUUUGUAACGCGUUAAAUUUCCUUCUUUUAUUGUUCGUGUGCGCUCCGCGCGCGCGUUAAAUUUGAGCCGGCGGCGGUGGGCGUGGCUUUUGCGCGGAUCUGACCAAUAGUCGGGAAGAGCUCGAAUGAUUGACAGAUGACGGGCUGAGCGCGAAGGAUAAAAGCACCUGUCUGCGCUCAGUGAUGGGAAAGCAGCAUCAAGGAGAGGUGAGUGGAAACACUUGAACUUUUACUUGUAAUAUUUAAAGAGAUUUUAUGCUUUCAGUGACUUUAUUCCUCCGUCCAUCGCUGUUAAACAGUGUCUGUAGGUCAUGAUGUCUGUGUCUGUGUUCAUCUGCCUCCUGCUGCUGCCAUGUUUUCUUGAGGCAAAAUCCCUGAUGAAUGUCCUCAAACAUGAAGCUCGUCUGUGUUUUAGAUGUGGCUUCAGUCAGUAUCGACUCCAACAAGGCCAAUGAGUUCCUGUCCAGUUCUCGACCCAAACGCAGCAUCGAUCCACGCUGGCACCGGCAGACUCCGGACUUCCAGGCGUAUUACCGAUAUUACAGCAGCAUCGGACACACCGAGGGCUUGUACGAGAUCGACAGGAUCCGGAUGUUGUACCAGCAGAUGAGGCACCUGGAGCACGUCUACGGUCCGAACGCGUCUUACUACCAGAGCAAACUGGGACUUCCGGUUCUACCGCCGCUUCCCAAAUGUGACCCUUCCAAAGACAAGGGCUGUAAGCAGGCUCCGCCCCCUGCCCCGCCCCCAGCCCCAGUUAAGGCGGCCGUGACUCCGCCCCUCGCGCAGGCUGACGUCGUGUAUCUGUGCAACAGUAAAGACCCUCUGUGUAAGCCACACAUCGUCUACAUGCCCACCGGGGCCGUGCCGGUGCUGUGUGACCCGCGCUACCAUCCCAACUGCAAGCUGGAGGCUCCGCCCCCUCCCCCACCCCCCUCCAAAAAGUCUGAGCCGGCCCCGCCCCCUCCACCGGCCCCCAUGGUCUUUAAGGCGAUGGAAUAUGACUGCGACCCUUACUGGGAUCCCGACUGCCUCAUCGACCACCCGCCGCGGCCCGUGAAGGGUAAAGUUCCUCCGCCACCGGCACCCGUGCUGGACGAGGACGAGGACGAGGACGAGCCGGAGCCGGAGCCGGCGCCCGUCAGCAAGAAACAUCCACAUCCGUAUUAUUACGCCCACCUUCAUCCCUACAACUACCGGUCUGAACUCUACGACCCGCUGCGACACACGUAUCCUUCAGCCGAAGCGCCCGACAGCGCGUAGAGCCGCUAUUGUCAUGUCAUGCAUUAUAAUUCAUGUUCAGAAACAUCAAUAAAACAUUGAGUAGUUUGAAUGGUUUUGUGCUGAUUGUGACGACGUUCAGGAAGCAGACGCUCAUGAAGCGCCUCACGCUGAGAGUCUCUGGACUCGUUAACGCAGCAGGUUUCAGAUCAUUAGCUGGAGAUUCACAGCUGUUUGUGUUUAAAGAAGUUUUUUCCAGCUGCUCAGCAUAUGCAUGAGACACAAUAAACACACACACACACACACACACACUCUAUUAACCCUUGUGUUUGUACUGAUUUUGGUGCAAUCUAUUAAAACUGCUUUAUAAAUCU